CCGCUUGGCGGGCGAGCGUUAGCCGCCUCGCGCGGCCACCACCCUCAGGCCCCGGCUCCGGGCCAGGCCUCCCCGCCCCCGCCUCACAGUCCUCAGGGAACACCGAGGGAAGGUUCUUCCCAAACGACAGCCUUUCCUUCUCCCCAGCUUGUAAAUUUCCAAUCAAAACGCGUUUAGCAGCACCCACCCCUGGUUAUGGUCAAUAAAACGAGACCGAACUCACUUGCCCUCUGCCUGUGUGUGAAUUUGGAGGCUCAACGUCAAGAGUCGUUGCUCCAGAGGUACUAACAUAUCUAACUCACCACAUCCGAACGAUGGGGCUGUUUUACAACGUUAACAAAUGGAUCGAAGAAAACAAGAAGUACUUUAACCCCCCUGUCUGCAACAAGCUCAUGCACAGUGGCCAGUUAAAAGUAAUGUUUGUUGGAGGACCUAAUGAAAGGAAAGAUUACCACAUAGAAGAAGGAGAAGAGUUGUUUUACCAAUGUCAAGGUGACAUGUGCCUGAAGAUCAUAGAGAAAGGAAAACAUAAAGAUGUGCAUAUUCGGGAAGGAGAGAUGUUUUUGCUGCCAGCUCGGAUACCCCAUUCCCCUCAGCGACAGGCAAACACAGUGGGGCUGGUUUUUGAAAGGACAAGGCUGAAGACAGAGUUUGACGGACUCAGAUACUAUGUAGACAAUUCCACUGAUGUACUGUUUGAGAGAUGGUUCUACUGUGCAGACCUGGGCACCCAGCUUGGUCCCAUCAUAAAGGAAUUUUUCAACUCUGAAGAAUGUAGAACUGGGAAACCAAAUCCAGACAAGUUGCAGAAAGAACUUCCAUUUUGUCUAAACACUAUUAGCACUGUUAUGAAGCCAUUUUCACUUCAAGAUUGGCUCUGCCAGCACAAUCAGGAUAUUAAAGAAAAGUGUGUUAUUGACAUGUUUGGUGAUCAGUUUGAGACCAAGACAGUAGUGUAUGCAACUGGAGAGAGUGAGGAAAAGCAAAGUGCAGACACCUGGAUAUGGCAGCUGGAGGGUAAAUCUGUUGUGGUGAUCGAUGGCAAGACUACCAAACUUACUGCUGGAGAUAGCUUUCUCGUCCCAUUAAAUACUAAGUAUAUUUGGAAAAGAGCUGAAGGAACAAUUGCACUUUGUGUCAUACAGGAUCCAGCCCUGAAGAAAUCCUAUGUUAAAUAACAAUCCUGCAGGCUCAGCAUUUUCCUCACCUGUUUCAUUUCAUUGCACAUGUAAUUGUUGGAAAAGUUUGAAGUGAAUCCUCUCAUUUAUUAUAAUUACAUUUUUAAAAAAAUUUUGGAUAAAGAAUGAAUCACAGGUUAAAAGAAUGAAAAUCUUUAGAUGUUCUAAAUACAGAUACAUAGGAGAGGGGCUAAAAAAAAGGCCCUCCAUUGGUCAUUAUAUGAGCUGAAUCUGAAGAAUAAGCUGCUGUAGCUCUGAGACACUUGAAUGUGAUCUGAACUUGAUCAACAAAAUCCAGGCAAUUAUGGUUUUUUAUUGUAAUAAUGCAAUAGUUAGUAAUGAAUCAGUGUGAUUUGCGUAAUGUAUCAAUAAUACAAGGAAAUUCAACUGAUUGUGAUACACAACAACUUAAA